AUGUCUGGGAGGCAUAUGAACAGAGAACAUCGAUCGCCUCCAGCCCGGCAGAGGGUAAAGGAACAAGAUCAUCAAACAAAACAAACAGGAAAAGCCGCGGAUGUUCGUUUUACAAGCAGAUCUGGUAGAUCUCUACACAGUAGCAGACUCUCCCCACUUCAUAAGAGACAACAAGGCGAACAACAAGAAGAAAAAGAACAACAUCAACAUCAACAUCAACAACAACAACAACAAACAAAAGAGAAACCGAAGAGUCAAAGAGGAAAAUAUGUUUCUUCCUCUCCAAUGACACAAAAAGGUUCAAGUACGGUAUCUCCUGGAGUGUCGAAGAGUUCUGUCGCGAAGGAACGUCCAUCGGCACGUAGAAAUAAUAAAAGUGAUAAUGUACUACACAUUGUGGCUCCUCUUGUCCCUCCUGUUGAGAAUGAAUUGACGGCUAAUGGAUAUGUACAAGCAGAAGUUCUUUUACCUACUUCUACUUCAGAUAGUAAUAUGAAUUUGUCAUUCUCUCGAUUUGCUCCCUUAACAGAACGUUCGGCUUCUCAUGAAAUGGAAAUUACCACCAAUCCAGAGAAUGGUGUAAAAAAUGAAGAUGAAAUUAAUACCAGUGCUGUUUUUGGAGAAUUUCUUACAGAUGAUAUGUUACGUGAAUGGACAGGUUGGGAAGAUCUUCAUUUGGUGCUUUCAGCUGAAAUGCAUGUAGAUGCUGUGCGUACAUUAGGUGUGGAUACACUUAGUGAAAGGAUGCCUCUCUUACAUUCACUCAGGUUAAAUAGUUCACGUAUUCCACAGAUAAGAUUACUUGGAACAAAAUAUAUGAAUUUAAAACGACUUUGGCUUCGAGGUUCACGUAUAGAAUGUUUACGUGGAAUUGGUGCUUGUGCUCCUUUAUUAGAAGAAUUAUAUGCUUCCUUUAAUGUAAUUAACGAUAUUACACCUUUAUUGGAUUUGAGUGAUACGUUGGAAGUGGUGGACUUGGAAGGAAAUGAAAUUCGUGACAGUAACACUUUAAUCCAGUCUCUUCCACUGUUACGAAAAGUAAAAUAUUUAACAUUACAAGGAAAUCCUGUAGAGAUGUCAUAUUAUACUUUUAAAGAAUCCUCCACGGCUUCAGAAAAGGGUCUCUCUCCUCCACCCUCAUUUCGUGAUUUUGUACGUUCCCUUAUGCCAGAUCUUCAAUAUCUAGAUGAUAUUCCCCUUACUGAAAAUGAUACUACGCAUGCGCAUUCCUCUACAACUACAACUACAACUACAACGACAAUGACGAAGACAAAGACAAAGACGUUAAUACCACCAAAAGCAGAAGAUAAUCAUACAGAGGAGGAUAAACAAGAUACAUCUCUUGUUGAAACAAAAAAACGUAAUAGUAAUCAUGUGGAUCCUCUUAAAGUCUCUUUAUGUGAUGAGUAUAUGUUUUUACAACAGUGUAUACGUGAAUCUGGCUUUGAUGCCUUGGAUGCUGCUGUGGAGGAUGAGACACGAUCAUUGUAUACACGACCACAGACAUCCUGUGCAGGAGCCCGUCCUCGUCGUUCAUCACUCUCUGCACAUGUAAACAAUAAUCCACGUGCCUGCAGUUCUGCCAACGCGGCAGGCAGACGACCCAUUUACAAUAAUAAUAACAAUACACGUACACCUCCUUCGGCUACGUUUCCUCCUCCUAAUGUAAGUACUCAUAGUAGUGGAACGAGUACGAAUGUGUCUCCGUCUACGUCGUCCUUAACCGUUGGACGGCCAAUGGUGGGAGGAAGUGCUGUUAGUCUUCGCCGUCGACUACCACCACUACACCCAUCAUCCGCAACUCACAAUAUCAGCAGAGUUGAUAGUAGUAGCAGUAAGAGUGAUAGUACACAAAGUGCCGUAGAUGGAGGUCAACAUGGGCGUUUAAAUAAUGGAAUGAUGUUUGCUGUAAAGGAAAGGGAUGAUCGUGUUAUUCUGGAUCAGGAUGAAUUACAGUCUUUAUUAUCUACCGCCCCUAUACGUAUGAAUGAUCUUUCUCUUGAUGUACCAUUAUUUGAUGAUGAAGAUGAAUGGGAAAUGUACAAACAGAGUUUACUACGUCGUGUGGAUUCACAAAAUAUGAAUGCACAGCGUUGGAUUAAGUAUGUGAACAGUGAAUAUGCUAAUUCUUCGCAUGGAGACCACGAAAAUGUGGGUCUCUCUGGUUGUUCAUACUCCACAUCUGUACGAACCACAUCCGCAAGUAGUAAUCCAACUACUCUUUCCAAUACGCAAGAAAUGAAUGCUGGACAAUUGCCGUCCACAUCAUUAACAUCUACGCACGUAACUCCACCAGCGUCAACCGCAGCAGUAGCCGUCGUGGUUGAAUCUAUAGAGAGUUGUGCGGCAAGUGAAGAAGUUUCUCCUGAUGAUAAGUUCAGUAAAGUAAGGGAUGUGGAGGAAAAAGGAAAAGGCGAACGGGAAAAAGAAAAGUUGAAUGAUGAUGAAAUUAAAGAAGAAGAAGAGAAUUGGCGUCAGGAAUUACUACGCUCAGUGGUGCGAUCGCGAACAAGAACAGCUCGUGCUGGUAUGAGUGGGAGAUCUUUACGUCUGGGUGAUGUCUAUAAUGAUGGGAUGACAACAUUUGAGUUCCUAGACAACGGUGAUGUGUAG